AUGGCUGGAGACAACGAAACACAAGGUACUGCUGCAGCUUUGGAUUCAACUAAUCCACCAUACAUGCAUCCGUCAGAGAGUGCCGGAAUAGUUUUGGUACCAGUAACAUUUGACGGCACUGGAUACAGAUCCUGGAGGAGAGGUGUCCUUAAAGCCCUCUCCGUGAAGAACAAGGUCGGAUUUAUCACCAGAAAGUGUAAGAAACCUAAUGUCGGAGAGGCGAGCUGUGAGCAAUGGGCGAGGUGCGAUGACAUGGUGACGUCAUGGAUUCUUAACUCACUCUCAAAGGACUUGGCUGAUGGCUUCCAAUAUGUGAGUGGCGCAAAGGAACUAUGGCAGGAGCUCGAAGACAGGUAUGAUCAGACAAACGGAGCGAAACUCUAUCAGUUGCAAAAGGAAAUCAAUGACCUAAAUCAAGGAACCUUAGACAUAACUGGAUACUACAAUAAGAUGAAAAAGUUAUGGGAAGAACUUAACACCUUAAAUGCACAUGCUCAGUGUGGAUGCCAGUGCACAUGUGGUGCCAAGGCAAAUAUGUAUAAAGCAGAAUAG